AUGGCUGAUUCUACACCUGCACUAACCAUCAAGGAAUGCCUCGCCCGCUUUGACCACCUCCCACAAGUGGGAAAUCCAUCAACAUACAAAGAGGUCAACACAUUGGAUAUUGCAAAUCGACGCAACACAGCCAAAUUCCCCUCACCAAACGGAGGAGGCCAACUGUGUCAUGUGGGCCUGACAAUGACUGCACCAGACGAUGCCCUCAUUUCCCCCUCCGACGCAUGGGUCAAUCCGUCAAAUUUUGAAGAUAGGCAUCUCAUUGUUACUGGGGAUGUGCUGAAGGCUGACAUGCUAAUCAGUUUCUUCAAACAAGUUGAUGAGAUGUCGAGACGAGAAUGGACAGAGAACAUAAUCCAAGGAAAAGAUUAG